AAACUUGAGAACCAUUUCAGAAAAAUCGAAAAUAGUGCAUUGGUAUACGAAAUGUUGACAUAUAUUCUAUUCAUUUUCGAAGGUUCCAUUUUGACAAUUUUUAAUUCGUACAUGCUUCUCAACGUGAUUAUAAAAAAACUCAAUCGGCAACAAUAUAAGUCAUUUAUAAGUUGUUUCGCCUUCGAUAUUUUGUUCGGAUUGACCUACAUAUCCAUCGGCACUUAUCGCAUAAUUAUCAUUCCUGAUAAACUAACUUCUCGAUUCGAUUGCCUCAUGAACAUACAUGGUUGGUUAAUGGUCGGAGUUUUCCCACUUUCUGGACUGCUAGUGCUAGCUGUUGCCAUGGAUCGAACCUUUUUCAUACUUUCCUUCUACAUUGGUAAAAUGUAG